UACAUGACUGUUCAAAGCCACUUCAGAAUCAGAGGCCUGAAUUCUCACUCCGCCAUAGCCAGGAGCUUGCUCACAACCACCGCCAUUCCCUGGAACACCCACCUUAGAGAACUAGCGAAGCAAUGCCUCUUCUCCGAAGCUUUAAAUCUCUACCGUCGGAUGCUCCGUUCGGGCCAAUCGCCGAACGCUUUCACCUUCCCUUUCGUCCUCAAAUCCUGCGCUUCCCUGUCUCUCUCCACCGCCGGAAAACUACUCCACGGCCACGUUAUCAAGAUCGGGUGCGAGCCCGAACCCUUUGUGCAGACGUCUCUAAUUUCAAUGUACUGUAAAUGCUGUCUGGUGGAUAAUGCACGCAAGGUGUUUGAUGAAAAUCCACAAUCGAGAAAUUUGACCGUUUGUUAUAAUGCUCUGAUAUCUGGGUACACGUUGAAUUCCAAGUUUUUGGAUGGGAUUGUUUUGUUUUCCAAGAUGAGGGAGACAGGUGUCGCGGUUAAUUCAGUUACGAUGCUGGGUUUGAUUCCGCGGUGUGCGGAACCUGUGUAUUUGGCUCUUGGGAUGUGUUUUCAUGGUUUUUGUGUUAAGAGUGGGCUGGAUAUUGAUUUUUCUAUUGGGAACUGUUUGCUCACAAUGUACGUGAAAUGCGGAUCAGUUCAGUAUGCCCGGAGCUUGUUUGAUGCCAUGCCUGAGAAGGGUCUGAUUACUUGGAAUGCGAUGAUUUCUGGAUACGCACAGAAUGGAUUUGCCACAGAAGUUUUGGACCUUUACCGGGAAAUGAAACUAUGUGGCAUUUAUCUCGAUCCCGUGACGCUUGUUGGGGUUUUGUCGUCUUGCACUCAUCUUGGAGCCCAUGGUGUUGGCCGUGAGGUGGAACAGCAGGUUCAGCUUUGCGGGUUCGAUUCAAAUCCCUUUUUGAAAAAUUCUCUUAUUAAUAUGUACGCUAGGUGUGGAAAUUUGGUGAAAGCUCGUGAAAUUUUCGAUUCUGUGCUCGAGAAAAGUAUAGUUUCUUGGACAGGAGUUAUAGGGGGAUACGGAGUGCACGGACAUGGGGAGAUUGCCGUGCAGCUUUUCGAAGAAAUGAUUAAGACUGGAAUCAGACCUGAUAAAACAGCGUUUGUAAGCAUUAUCUCUGCCUGCAGCCAUUCGGGAAUGACUGAUAAGGGACUCGAAUAUUUUUCUGCAAUGAAGAGUAAAUACGGUUUGCAGCCAGGUCCGGAGCAUUAUUCUUGUGUGGUAGAUCUUUUAGGACGAGCUGGUCGGCUGAAGGAAGCCAAGGAUCUUAUCAACUCAAUGCAGGUAAAUCCAGAUGGUGCAGUAUGGGGAGCCCUCUUGAAUGCUUGUAAAAUUCAUAAAAAUGUAGAGCUAGCGGAGUUAGCUUUUGAACGGAUCAUUGAGCUUGAACCUACCAAUAUCGGUUAUUAUGUUUUGUUGUCGAAUAUAUAUUCUGAUGCAGAGAAUCUGGAGGGGGUUUUAAAGGUUAGAGUGAUGUUGAGAGAGAGACAGCUCAAAAAGGAGCCAGGGUGUAGCUAUGUUGAACUCAAAGGGAAAGUUCAUAUGUUCUUGGCUGGAGAUAAAACGCAUUCUCAGACAGCUGACAUAUAUGGAAUGUUGGAUGAGUUAGAAAAUUCUGUGAAGCAACUUGGUGGGCCUAAUGGGGAGGAUCAUAAGAGGCGAAAAGGUGAAGAACAAUUGAUUGGUGAAGGUGUGCAUAGUGAGAAGCUGGCAAUUGCAUUUGGACUUGUGAAUACUAGUCCAGGGACUGAGAUCGUUGUGAUAAAGAACCUAAGAGCAUGCGGAGAUUGCCACUUGUUUAUAAAGCUGGUUAGCAAAAUAGUGGACCGUAAGUUUGUUGUGAGAGAUGCGACUCGCUUCCACCAUUUCAAAGAUGGGGUUUGUUCUUGCAGAGACUACUGGUAGCAGUAGGUGGUAACAAUGUAUUCCAGAGCCUGCAGCCCAAGCCCCGCAUCGGAUAUGCACUGCGAAGACCAUAAACAUUUAAAUGAGAGCCUGUGAACUUGAAGGCACCUUCAGCUAGUCACUAUUAGGCAAGGUUGCGAGGUUUUACAAACUGCCAUUCUAAAGCCGUGUCUCUAAGUACAUGAAAAUCAUGCAUUGCCAAUUGGUGUUGCAAUGCUGAACACAAAGCAAGAGGAUGAGAAUUUUCGCUCCGAUCUUUGACAAAUACAAGUGAAAGUGGUUACGGGUUUUGUAGAAAGUGAUUGAAAUUUGGUUGCAGACUUAUCACCAAUGUCAUCUUUG